AUGGCGGAGGAGCCAGGUACCGAUCGAGAAGAAACUCAUUGGAAAAAGCGUGCCGCAAUUUUUUUGAAAAAGCCCAUCCACUCCCUCCCGACAGCCUUCUUCACCCAGGCGGCCCCUGACGCUGCUGCCCUGCCCCCGACCCCUCACUGCGCCACCGCCCCAUCCCACUGGCUAUGGGGGCCACCACACCCCACCGGCCCUGGGCGCUGCCCCACCUCGCCGGCCCCGCGCAUCGCCCCACCCUGCCGGCCCAUCGCGCCGCCCCACCUCGCCGGCCACGGGCGCCGCCACACCCCGCCGGCCUCGCAGGCCGCCCCACCCCACCGGCCCCGCGCGCUGCCCCGCCGCGCCGGCCACGGGCGCCGGCCCACGCCGCCGGCCCCGCGCGCCGCCUAG